UUUACUGACCACAAACCUCUUUUGGGCCUGCUACACCACUCAAAGCCCAUGCCAUCUGUCCUGUCCCCACGCAUGCUACGCUGGAGUGUUCUUCUUGGGGCCUACGAUUACGAAUUGUGCUACCGCCCUGGCAAACAGCUAGCAAAUGCUGAUGCCCUCAGUCACUUACCACUGCCCGCUGGUAUGCGUGAGACCCCUCCACCCAUGGAGGUGCUCUUACUGGAAAUGGCACCUGAAGCCCCACUGAAUGCAAAACACAUUGCCGCCCUUACUCGGAAGGAUCCUGUUCUGUCUCGGGUGCUGCGCUGGGUCCUGCAUAGCUGGCCAAUGGAUACACCCGACAGCCGUUUCAAGCCGUUUUUCACCCGGCGCCAUGAACUGUCCGCACACAAGGACUGCCUAUUAUGGGGGAGUCAUGUAGUUAUUCCUAACCUGGCGAGGGAGGAGGUACUAGCCAUGCUGCAUGAUGCACACCCAGGCAUUGUGCAUAUGAAGGGCCUGGGGAGGAGUUAUGCCUGGUGGCCAGGUAUGGAUUUAGCAAUAGAAAAAACAGUAAAAUCCUGUGAAACCUGUCAGAGAACUCGUCAUGCACCACCAACAGCACAGCUGCACCCUUGGGAGUGGACAACUAAGAAAUGGUCCUGGCUACACAUUGACUUUGCUGGUCCAUUCCAGGGGAAGACAUUUCUCAUAAUUGUGGACUCACACUCUAAGUGGUUAGAGGUUGCUGUGGUGAGUUCAAUGUCCUCCUCUGCAGCGAUCAGCACACUGAGGCUCCUCUUUGCAACUCAUGGGUUACCAGAUGUCAUUGUUUCUGACAACGGUGAAGCCUUCACAUCGGAAGAAUUCAAAGAGUUUGCCAGACGGAAUGGCAUCAGAGCAGUGACUACGGCCCCUUACCAUCCUCGUUCAAAUGGCCAAGCAGAACGUAUGGUCCAGACAACCAAGGAGGCCCUGUCUAGGAUCCGGCGUCUUACCACGGCCUUUGAUCGCCUUCAUCCUGACUAUGAAAAUGAGAUGCACCUCAAGCAGGAAGUGAGUGCAGAAAAGCUGCAAGGCCCAAACAGAUGUUUUAGGCCACAGGACACUGUGUACAUGAGGAGCUACACUGGGGGACCCAAAUGGGUCCCUGGUGUGAUAGCCGAUCCUACUGGCCCAGUUUCA